UCUUCCCACAAACUCAGGCCCCGGCAAGCGCCCGCGCCCCACGCACUCGGUUCCCAGGCGCCCCCAUUUCUUGGCUGUUCCUUCUCUUCUGGCUUUUCCCCACGGUUCUCUGCCUUCCUCUGAGGUCAGGCAGGGGAGGCUGAGCUGGUUCUCCAAAGCCCCUGGGGCAUCUGGGCAGUGGGAUUCCGGCGGCGGCACAGCUCAAGGUAUGAGGCCCAGAGGGGACACAGCACGUGCUUUCCACUCACCCGCAUUAACCCUGGCCCAGCCGGGCCCGCUUGCGACUCCUGCCUUCCUACAAGGAAGCAGAAGCCCGGAACAGUAAGGGACUCCCACUACUCGGGAUCGGGGCUCAGGCCUGCUGGACCCUGGUGCCUGGCUGUGGUUCCGCUAUAUUUGGAAUUCAGAAUGCUCUUCCCCACUCUACUUCCCUCCUGACCCUGACCUGCUGAUUUGCCGUGUGAUCUCGGGCCCCAGGUUCACCCAUUUGAGUCUCUAUAAAAAAAAAAAAAAAAAAAAGGAAAGAAAGAAAGAGAAAGAAACCCAAGCCUGGCUACCUGUGAUGUAAUUGCAAGUUGAGAAUCAGGUGCCCAGGCACCCUCCCAGCCCCGCCCCCACCGCCCCGCAGACGGGUCCUCUGCCUUCUGGCCCGGCCUGCGGCCUGCUGGGCUGUGGUCCCCACGUGACUCCUGGCGGCAGACAGAGCUCCCAGCUGGCCACAGCCUUCCGCACUCAACCAUCCACUGGCCCCGACUCUAGCUUCCUAUUUGUUCAGGUUUUUUGGGUUUUGCUUUUGGGUUUCUUUUUCCUGAUUGGAGCUCCACUAGGAGAUACAUCCAUUUUUUCCUGCUCGUUAGUAAAGGACAGUGUCUUUCUCUCCUUUCUCUCCAAGCCCGCCCCAGCCUGCCGUGGUCACUGCUCUGGGGAUGCACGACCUCCUCUUUCUUGUUUUCAUCUGCAUUCGCGGCUGAUCUGAGCCACGCUGAGUCCUGGGGUCCCCCACAGCCGAGAACAGAGCUGCGUCCCAGACACUGCCCAGGACCUGACUUCCUCCAAAGCCUUUCCUUCACUGCCUUGGUCUCUCCCUCUGUCCUCCUGGCCCUCAGCAAGGGCAAUCAGGACGCCACGGCUCCGCCUGAAGCGAUGGCCCAGCCCUACCCCCCUGCCCAGUACCCCCCUCCGCCCCAGAAUGGCAUCCCCGCCGAGUAUGCGCCCCCGCCUCCGCAUCCCACGCAAGACUACUCUGGCCAGACCCCGGUCCCGCCGGAGCACGGCCUGACCCUGUACACACCAGCACAGACCCACCCGGAGCAGCCGGGCGCCGAGGCCAGCACACAGCCCAUCGCCGGGGCCCAGACAGUGCCGCAGACAGACGAGGCGGCCCAGACGGACAGCCAGCCACUCCACCCCUCCGACCCCACAGAGAAGCAGCAGCCCAAGCGGCUGCACGUCUCCAACAUCCCCUUCCGGUUCAGGGACCCCGACCUGCGGCAAAUGUUCGGGCAAUUCGGAAAAAUUUUAGACGUGGAGAUCAUUUUUAACGAGCGGGGCUCCAAGGGUUUUGGGUUUGUAACUUUUGAAACUAGCUCAGACGCUGACCGAGCCCGGGAGAAGCUGAAUGGGACGAUCGUAGAGGGACGGAAAAUUGAGGUCAACAACGCCACAGCCCGCGUCAUGACCAAUAAGAAGACUGCGAACCCCUACACCAACGGCUGGAAGCUGAACCCCGUGGUAGGCGCCGUCUACGGGCCUGAAUUCUAUGCAGUGACGGGGUUUCCCUACCCCACCACGGGCACAGCCGUUGCCUACAGGGGCGCGCACCUACGGGGUCGGGGCCGGGCCGUGUAUAAUACGUUUCGGGCUGCGCCGCCCCCGCCCCCCAUCCCAACUUACGGAGCGGCACUGGAGCAAACGCUUGUUAAAAUGCCAGUCCCAUGGGCAGGGCUGGCACCCUGCCCCCUCCCUCCGCAGACACCGGAGCCGGCCUACCCCACCUCUCCGGCCUUCCCACCACUCUCUUGUCCGUUUGCUUCCAGGGUCGUGUAUCAGGACGGCUUUUACGGUGCUGAGAUUUAUGGGGGCUAUGCAGCCUACAGAUACGCUCAGCCUGCAGCGGCCGCAGCAGCCUACAGUGACAGUUACGGCAGGGUCUAUGCAGCCGCUGACCCUUACCACCACACCAUCGGGCCUGCGGCGACCUACAGCAUCGGAACCAUGGCCAGCCUGUGCCGAGGAGGGUACAGCCGCUUCACCCCCUACUAGCAAGAGGGCCCAGCCCCUAGCAGCACUCACGCUGACCGCACAGCACACACCAAACCCAGCAGUCCAAAAGCAGGCACAGCCACCGGGAGGACAGUGCGCCCCCCCCAGUCAGCGGCCCGCGACGCCAAAGCCCGUAGGGUCCACCUCCGGCCAGCGGGUCUCCCUGCCCCUCACGAUGGCGUGUGUGUCUUUGACCCUGGUUGCCCCUGUAUGUCUGAAACCUUGCUUCCUAUUUUGACUUUGUUGAUGAUGUUCCCCCCAAGCCAUUUCAGGUACAGUAUGCGCACAGCGGGAGGGGCUGGCCUGGGCACAAGACCCCUCCCGGAGAACUAGCAAUAGAGCCCGCCAGGGCGACCCCCACUUCCCAUCCCCUGGGGCUAUGGAGCCACAGAAGACACCCACAGCCACUGCCCCACCCCUGGGGUCCGGGGAGUGAGGACAAGCUCCUGACCACCGGAGCGGGGUUUCCAGCCCAGACCACGGCCCCUCCCACCGCGUCUGCCCUCCUCACCCCAGAACA